AUUGUCUCAAAAAAUCACUCUCUACAUCAUAAUAAAAGUUGAAGAAGCUGAACAACCCCUUUGAAGCCUUGUGCACAACUGAUUAAAGGCUACGUCAGGCUAUUAUCUUUGCACAAGGAGAAGUGCAUGAUGUCUAUGUAUACCACCAUCUAACUGGCCACUGAGCCACUUUUACUUAUGUCGGGAUACUCCAAACUGGAGUUAUCAAUCUAGAUCCCUUGUUAAUAAGGAAGACAUAGAAGCCCAGUUUAUUUUUGGCAGCAAAAAGUAGAAGUUGUCCUAUACACAACUAUGGCUGAGGCCUGGUGUUAGCUUCUGUGUCUCUACAGUAGUCUUUAAUGUGUCAUAGGAGAUAUGUGGAAUUGUAUAUGUAAUUUAGCUUUUCUAGCUCAUUCACACUAGCAUUUUACUAGGCCAUUUAAAGGGGAACCAAAUAAGCUUUAAAACAAGAAGGAAGCUGCCAACCUUUCCAACUGGCAUCUGCACUAAAAGCUGUUUUGUUGUGCUUGCAUCUGGGAAGAAAUCACAGCAGUAAUGAAUGUGACAGUGCUGUACAACUUAGGAUUUUUGGCACUGGUACUGGAAGAUGGGCCCUGCGAGGAGUCUGGCAGAGCAAUUGGAAAGGGGAUGGUUGGCCUGAAAGAACAGAACAAUACAAAAGUGUGCACUCAUACAUACACUGUAUGGACCCUUGUAAGGUGGUCCCAGAAUGUCGUUAGUCAUAAAGUUACAUGGACUCUCCACUGAAGCAAGUUCUCUUGAUAUUCGGCAUUUCUUCAGUGGUCUGAAUAUUCCUAAGGGGUAUAUUUAUAUCACUGGAGGGCAAUAUGGUGAAGCUUUUAUCAUAUUUGCAAAUUAUGAAGAUGCCAGGCAAGCCAUAAAUUAUUCAGGCCGACCCUUGAAAAACUCCUGUGUUCAACUUUCAUUCAGUAGUGAAGCGGAAAUGCAACAGGCCCUUGAUGAAAUAAGCAGGAGGUACAAUGCUGCUAAUCCGGCUUCUACCAAUGGAACACCUAUAUAUAAGGAGACAGGUUAUUUCAAAAAGCGCGACACUUCAUAUAUUUAUGUACAUGGAAUGCCCUUGAACACCACAAAGGUUGAAAUAAAACCUUUUUUUGCUGGACUGUCGGUGGAGGAUGUCAUUUUCUUGAAAUAUCCUUCAGGUCUAAGGAACGGCAAUGCAAUUGUAAGAUUUGCCACAAGCGGAGAUGCUCAUGAAGCACUGAAGCGAAGCGGACACUUAAUGGGUUCCACCCCUGUAUCACUCAUGCUCUCAGACGAAACAGAGUGGACUAAAGCUGGAGGCACCCGUGCAAGAAAAAGGGAGAGCUCUCCAGUAACUUCUUCUGAUGAUCGAAAGAAAAGUGUUUCCCACUCCAGACAUGAACAAUCAAGGGCUCGAGCUCGAUCGCCUUAUGAAGAACGUUUCGUUCAUCUUAUAAACCUGCCAUAUGAUGUAAACAAGAGAGAUAUCAAGGCUCAUUUCGGCAAUCUCGCCAUGAAAGAUUCCCAGAUUACUUUUCUGCGUGACUGGUCUGGUAAAAGAACAAGGGAAGGGUUUGUGAAGUUGACAAGUUUAAGCCAAUAUCGCGAUGCUUGUGCACAGCACGGAAGAGUUUUUUGCAGCCGGCUAGUGGAUGUAUUACCUAUUUCUGAAAGGGACAUGUUGGAUUUAAUUGCACGUUCAGAAAAAAAACCCGGAAGGGAUCGCUCUUCGCGAAAAGAUUCACCCAAAAAAUGUUCACAAGAAUCACAUUCAAGCAGAGGGAAAUGUAUAUAUUUAAGAAAUUUUGCCUCCGAUGUGUCUAAAACUGACAUACAGAGUUUUUUUUCUGGCUUCUCUUUAAAAGAAGAGGAUAUAUUUUUGUUGUAUGAUGAUAAUGGGAUUGGUCUCGGGGAAGCAUUGGUUUUAUUCUCAACUGAAAAGGAAGCUGAAAGUACUAAAAAACUUCAUUGCAAGAAAUUCCAGGGAACCGAAAUCCUGAUAAGUUGUAUUAAUGAGCAACAGAUGAAAGCUUUCGGUGUGGACGCAAGCGCAAGGAAAUCUGAAGCAAAAAUUCAAGAGCGGGCACCAGAUGAAGUAAGAGCUCCAGCAAGCGAAUCACAUCAAUCGGUCACUGAAGUAGGGGGUUUAUUUAAUCUGCAGUGUGAACAUUUAGAUUUACCAGCUAAUUUACAAACCUCUAAAAUGCCCGUUGCUCACGAAAAUCUUCAGUCAACAGAGUUACCAUUUACUUCAGGCUCCACAAACUUUCCCAAGCAAAGUGAUUUUGCUGAACACGCACCUUACACAGCAGAGGACACACCUUCUAUUGCUAAGGAUGUCCCUUUCAUUCAAACACACAUUAGCAACGAAAGUCUUCCAGAGAGUUCGGUUAAAGAUGCCAUUCCUAUUAACAAUGGAAACCAAGAUGGAGUUGGACUCGUUUUGGUCAGGAACUUGCCACGUACAUUUACAGUUAGCGAGGCUCUCGAUUUUUUUCAUGGAUACAAAGUAAGCUCAGUAAAUCUAGCCCAAAUUGACAAUGGCAUUGCUAGAGUACGGUUCCAAACUAACAUGGAAGCCGUGGAAGCAGUGAAAGAACUAAAUAACAAACCAGUCGGUCAUACUAAAGUAUCUAUGACCAUAAUUUAAUGACUUUGAAAACUCGAAAGGAAUCUUGAGAGCGCAAGCUUGAGAGGACUGGUUCGAGGAUGUUGUCUUUUGGAUGUGACUAAAUCUUGUAAAAGAGCCCUCUGCUUUUGUGAAAAAUACUUACAUUAUUAUGAUGUGCACAAAUAUGUUUAAGUAAAACAAAUACCAACUACGUUUUCUUCAUUCUUUAGGCUACGCAAUUAGCCAGUGCCAUAAAUAUAACACUUAAGGUUAUCUGGCUCUGUUGUGGUACAUUUAUAAUGUGGGUAAUUCUCAGAAGUGUAUUUACAAAACGAGCAAAAACAGAAGAUAAAUUGUAAUUCCUUGUGGUUUAACACCCUACGGUCUCCAGUAGUGAUCAAGCUAAAAUAUUAAAAAGGGCACAAUUUGUUGUUUAAGCUAAAAAAAACAUUUCAGUUGAGUGGCAAACUGUUAGUUUUAAUUAGUGUUGCUUUAGAAUUGUCACUGCUAGAAUGUACCAUGGCCUGGAUGAAUAAAAACCUUCAGACAUA